AAACCCGUUCCCGUGAGCAGCGAUCCCAGUUCUCUUCGUUGACGAACAAGCAUCCCAUACUCCGUCGGGCGCCGUCCCCCGUUGUCAGCCCUGCGUGGUUGUUCUCGAGCAAGCCGUUAAGAAGGUUUUUUGGACACGGUUGAGGUGAGGCACUGACCUAUUAUUGUCAGUGAGGCUCCUGUUUGCAGAUAACAUAUCAUCCACUCUGGAGCAUGUUGUAGAUGGAAGAAGGUUCCAACUCUCUACCUAAACAUAAGUUAUCCUGCACCAAGUGCUUUGAUGCUCUCUGGUUUUGCUACUCCCCAGUCCACCAGAUGCAGCAAUAUUACAGACUUGGUGUGCUUGAUAACUGUCAUCAGAAAUGGAGUGCUCUUGCUGACUGCUUGACGCUUAAGACCAAGCGUGCUUCUGAGGUUCAGGAAAUUUUGGAAGCUCGUGAGAAGGCGAAGCCACACAUCUGGUAUUUUCGGACCACAAAAGAAUCUUCCGAUAACUGGAAAAAGCUUUAUGGUCAUCUAGACAGAAUUGAUCCUGAAGAUUGAUGGCACUUUGCUGAAGACUAAUUCACAAGCGGUAAUAAUUGUUAUUUUAUGACAACGAAUUAUCUGAUCUCUUUUUGAAUGUUAUUUAUUAUUAUUUUUUCACAUAAUUGUAUGACUUUUAUAACUUAGCAUUAUAUGAUUUUUUUUCAAAAAAAAAAAAAAAAAGAACUAGUAUGGUACGAUAACUUGUAA